GAGAGGUGGGCGUUACACAUGGAAAAAGAAAGGGAGGAUUGGAAAAGAGUAGAAAGCAAGACAGACUGUUUAAGCAGGAAAAGUGAAACUCUCUUCUGGUUUCCUUAAAGAUUGAACAAUUAGAUUUUUUUCAGGGUCAUCCUACAAAAAACUGAUGUUCUUUCUAUACAUUUAUCAUUGAAGCUGCCAUGUUGGCAGUAUUCAAAUACUGAAAUAUCAGGAUAAACUUUUAUCUUCAGCUCCCCUCUUAGAAUUUCCAUCAGUCUGAAGAAGUUCUACAGAGCCGGCUGAUGCUGCUCGGAUAGACUUUAUUGCUCAAUAACCAAGGCAUGCCCCAAAACAACUCUUUUGGCAAACUUCUUUUCCUGACUUGCGCUGUAUAAAAUCCAAUGGAAAAAUUUGUCAAACAUUCCAGCAUUUGAAAAACUUCACUUUUCAAGACCUCGGCGAGAAGAAAUUCAGACAGAGAGAGACAAACAGGAAGAGCUUGGGGGGAGAUUUGGGAGCCCUGCAGAAAUUCUCCAUCUGACAGGAGCAGGACCCAGGUUAAACAUUUAAUAUUGUGCAUUGAGCAGGAACCCCAGAAGAUGCAUCUGCUUCAGAUAACAGCUUUGUUAUUAGUGACAAGUAGAGCCUCUAGCUUGUCCAUCAUACCGACGGAGGGCUCUGAGAUUGUGCUGGAUAAGUAUAGCAACUACUCCUUAUAUUGUUUCUCAAUGGAAGAGAUUGUGUGGGAACAUGAUGGACAAUUAAUUGAUUCAGCACUUGAGGUCAAAGAUGGCAUCUUCACUCGAACACUUGCCCUUUUUAAUUUGACGGGGAGGAACACAGGGCAGUACUCAUGCCUCUACAAUGAUUCUGUCAAUUUGGAUGAACCAGGGAUGAAAUCUGUCUAUAUUUUUGUACCAGACCCAUCCAUGGUUUUUCUGUCAGUGAAUGAGAGUGAAAGGUUCAUUUUCAUUAUUCACAAUGUUGAAAAUGUCAUUCCAUGCCGGGUGACCGACCCAAACACAAAUGUGACUCUACAUGAGGGAAAGGAGGACCCAGACAUCCCCAUGCACUACAACAACAAGAGAGGAUUCAUAGGGAUUUUCAGCGAUAUAAAUUACUAUUGCAAAGCAUCACUUAAUGGGAAAGAGGUUUACACAGAACCAUUUCAUGUCUACAGUAUACAUGUUUCCGCAAUCAACAUUUCCAUUGAAGCAGAGAAGGAGUUGGUAAAAAGAGGUGAAAAUAUCACCGUUAGAUGCAUAGUCACUUACAAUGAAAUCCUGAACUUUACUUGGGAUUAUCCGGCCAAGAAGAUAGGCAGAACAAGUACCCCGGAUGUGAUAUUCCUGCCCAAUAAUUGCAUAGGUUCUGUUUUGACCAUCCACAAUGCUGAUCUGAACGAUUCUGGAACAUAUAGUUGUGGCGCUGUGGAGAUGGUAUUUGAACAAAUAGACAUAAAAUAUAUUGAUAUAACUGUAAUAGAACAAGGAUUUGUAAAUCUAUAUACCAAGGAAAGCAGUAUGUCCUAUACUACCCGGCAUAAUAGCAAAUUAUUCAGAGUCAACCUUGAGUCCUAUCCACCACCCUCUAUUGUCUGGCUAAAAGACAACAUUACCCUAACAGGCAAUCAAACCAACCUAAUCACUAUUGUGAACAAAGCUACAUCAAAAAACAGGUACACAAGCCAUUUAUCACUUGUACGAGUGGAAGAACAAGACGCUGGCCUCUACACAAUCAGGGUUUUUAAUGAAGACGCAACUGAAGAGAAGUCGUUCUACCUCCAGAUAAAUGUGCCCCCUAAUAUAACAGAGCUCGUGGAUACCCAUCCUGCAAGUGGUGGUCAGAUAGUGACAUGUAUAGCUAAAGGCAUCCCAGCCCCAGAAAUUACGUGGUUCAUCUGCACUGAGCUGAAAAGGUGUAACAUUAAGGAACUGGAGUCAUGGAAACUUCUUGAUAACAAAACCUCAGACCUGGAAUUCCGCACAAACGUCAGUUACAUAGUGCUGGAGGGUUCCAGUUCUCGCGCAGUAAAGAGCGUCCUUCAUUUCAAAGGUCUGGAAGAUUCUGUCAUGGUCCGCUGUUCAGUCAAAAACCUUAUUGAAGUUCAAAGCAGAGAAGUCACACUUACACCACACUAUUUGUCCUUUAAGAUUGUGCUCGUAUCUGCCAUCUUGGCACUGGUAGUGCUCGUUCUAUUUCUUCUUAUUAUCCUUGUCGUCUUGUUGCAGAAGAAACCACGUUAUGAAAUCCGCUGGAAGGUCAUUGAAUCGGUCAGCUCCGAUGGUCAUGAAUAUAUAUACGUUGAUCCUCUGCAGCUUCCAUAUGAUUCCAGCUGGGAGCUUCCUAGAGAUAAGUUAGUGCUAGGUCGAACACUCGGGUCCGGUGCGUUUGGCAGAGUGGUAGAAGCUACAGCCCAUGGAUUAGGCCACGCUCAGUCAGUUACUAAAGUAGCUGUAAAAAUGCUAAAAUCAACUGCCAGAAGCAGUGAGAAGCAGGCUCUCAUGUCUGAGCUGAAGAUUAUGAGCCAUCUUGGGCCACAUCUCAAUAUCGUCAACUUGCUGGCGGCUUGUACCAAAGGCGGGCCUGUGUAUAUCAUAACAGAGUAUUGCCGGUACGGAGACUUAGUUGAUUACCUACAUCGUAACAAACAUACGUUCCUUCAGUGCUAUGCUGAUAAAAGCAGAAAGGACACCGGAGUCUACAGUAAUGCUUCCAUUGGCGAAGAACUGCAGAGUCAGUCGACAUUUUCCACUGAAAGCGAUGGAGGCUACAUGGAUAUGACCAAGGAUGAGAUGUGUUAUGUGCCAAUGCUAAACCAAAAAGGAGAAAUCAAAUAUGCUGAUAUUGAGACUUCAAACUAUGGUACCACAUAUGAGCUGGAGAAUUACGCAACAUCAGAAAGGACAACUGAUGUCACCCUCAUAAAUGAAUCACCAAUUCUCAGUUAUACUGAUUUGAUUGGAUUCAGCUACCAAGUGGCCAAUGGAAUGGAAUUCCUCGCCUCGAAAAAUUGUGUUCAUCGUGACUUGGCAGCAAGGAAUGUGUUGAUCUGUGAGGGAAAGCUGGUUAAGAUUUGUGACUUUGGGCUAGCCAGAGACAUCGUGAAGGAUUCCAACUACAUAUCCAAAGGAACUACAUUCCUCCCAUUAAAAUGGAUGGCACCAGAGAGUAUUUUCAACAAUUUAUACACAACAUUAAGUGAUGUUUGGUCCUUUGGAAUUCUCCUUUGGGAAAUUUUUACUUUAGGUGGAACUCCAUAUCCUGAAUUACCCAUGAAUGAACAGUUCUACAAUGCCAUAAAGCGUGGCUACCGAAUGUCGAAGCCUUCCUAUGCUUCAGAGGAAGUAUAUGAAAUCAUGAAAAAAUGCUGGGAUGAGAAGUUUGAGACAAGACCCCCAUUUUCACAGCUAGUGACACUUACAGGAAAUCUUCUGGCUGACACCUACAAACAGAAAUACAAAGAAGUGGAUGAGGAAUUCUUUAGAAGCGAUCAUCCUGCUGUGGUGCGUGUGAGGCCCAAGCUUAACAAAAUCAACAGCACCAUGCAUGCGGGGGAAACUAUAGCAAACAAUAUUCUCUAUUCAGUGGUGCAACCAAAUGACAAUAAUGAUUACAUUAUUCCGCUGCCGGAUCCCAAGCCUGAGGAUUCAGAUAACAUUCUAAAUCUUAAUGAGAGUUCUGCCAGUCGUCCAAGCUCUACCCUACAAGAAGGCAAUACUUCGUCUACGAUUUCCUGUGACAGCCCCUUGGAACAGCCAGAUCACAAUUUGGAACAUGACCCAUGUCAAGAGUGUCAGGACAUAGAAGAGAGUUUUCUGUAGCAGGUGGAUACUUUGACUUGAACCAGUCAUCCUCAAAUAAAGACUAUUGAGAGUAUCUCACACCUUAAUGCUAAAGAAUCAAAUGAAAAUGAUAAGAUCAAAGAAAUGCACUUUGUUUUGGAGCAACACUACAAUCUACAGAAACAUGAUCGCAAAUGUCUACAGAGCACCUUUAUUGUGAAGGAAUAAUGGAUUUUUUUUUUAAAAAAAAACAAAAAAAACCCCAAAAAGGUAUGAACUACAAGGUACUAAAGUGCUUUAAAAAAAACAAAAAAAACAGCAGCUAUUAUUACAUAUAAAGAAAAUAAUAUUCUACACAUGUUUAUUAACAUUUAUCUAUGUGCAAUAUUUUGAAAUCAGCUCUUGCCAUAUACAUUAUGUGUGAACCAGUUAUUCUUGGGAAGGGAAAGUACAGUAUUUGCACAAAUACUUGGAAGGAUUGCACAAGGGUGGACUCCUAGAACCAAUCAUGUUGCACAACUCCUAAAAGGUUUGUAUUGUCUGGCAUGCAGAUUAUCGAAAUGAUCCAAUUUAACGAAAUAAAGAAUGUUGCCGUUUUUGAGACUAAUCAAAUGGACCAUUUUCAAAUUACAAUCUGGAAAAAAGGAUACACUGUCAAACUAAAAAUAAAUUGGAGCAACCACAAUGAUGCCUUAAUGGACCUCAAACCAAUGGCAGCCAACAAGGGUCAAAAGUAGGUGCAGUAGUAAUUAUACCAACAACAUGUUUUAGAAUGGUUUACAGUAUUUAAAUCCUCUUUUCUCUCUAAGUUGCACAUUUAAGCUUUCUUCACGCCAGAAUUCAAAUAUGUUGCUUAAUUAAUGAUCCACACUACUAUUAUUUAGCAUAUUUUCUAUGCAACUUCCAAAGGUAGACCCUAUGGAAAGUUUUUGAUUCUUUAAGAGUGGGAGCCCUUUAAGUCCCAAAGUGCCAUAUAGAAAUGUUAUGGUCAAUGCAUGCACAAGGAAAAAAUAAGCUGGUCUUGAUGGGGUUACAUAAUAAUGUAACAAAAUGGCAUUAAAUUUAAUUAGUGAUUAUUAAAAUACAUUUAUUUUUUUAUA